CAGAAGAAACACAGAGAGAGAGAGAGAGAGAGAGAGAGAGAGAGAGAAGAGAUACAUAGAAAUCAUGGAAGUGGUUCAAGUGCUUCACAUGAACGGAGGAGUAGGAGAAGCAAGUUACGCCAACAAUUCUAUAGUUCAGAAAAAAGUAAUAUCUAUGACAAAACCCAUCAGAGAGGAAGCCAUAACAAAACUCUACUCAACAAGUUUCCCAACCAAACUAGUUAUCGCAGACUUGGGUUGUUCUUCAGGACCAAACACUACGCUCGUGGUAUCUGAAUUUAUCAAAAUAGUGAGCAAUAUCUGCAAAAAGCUGGGCAAUCAACCACCAGAAUUUCAAGUGUUCUUCAAUGACCUUCCAGGGAAUGAUUUUAACACCAUAUUCAGGUCUUUGCCAAGAGUUCAAGAAAAACUCAGAAAACAGAUGGGCUGUGGUGGUGAUCUCUGUUUCUUCACAGGGGUUCCUGGCUCUUUCUAUGGCAGGCUUUUCCCUAGCAAGAGUGUCAAUAUUUUCCACUCUUCAUAUAGUCUCCAAUGGCUAUCUAAGGUCCCACAAGGGAUAGAGAAUAACAAAGGAAACAUUUACAUGGCUAGUACAAGUCCACCGUGUGUGCUUAAAGCUUAUUAUCAGCAAUUCCAAACAGAUUUUUCAGUGUUUUUAAAGUGUCGUUCGGAAGAACUGGUAGCAGGAGGGCGUAUGGUUUUAACAUUUCUGGGAAGAAGGAGCGACGAUCCCUCAAGCAAAGAAUGUUGUUACAUAUGGGAACUUUUGGCUAUGGCUCUCAAUGAAAUGGCAUCAGAGGGAAUUAUAGAAGAAAAGAAAGUGGAUUCCUUCAACAUUCCGCAAUAUACACCAUCACCAAGUGAAAUAAAAUGUGAAGCUAUGAAAGAAGGAUCAUUUGGGAUUGAUCGGAUUGAGGUUACGGAAGUAAACUGGAAUGCAUACAGCAACGAGUUUAACGGAGGUGAUGCAUUGCAGUUACAGUUACAGGAUGGAGGAUACAAUGUGGCACAAUGUAUGAGAGCUGUGGCUGAACCUUUGCUUGUUAGUCACUUUGGUGAAGCAAUAAUUGAUGAAGUUUUCAACAAGUACAGUAAAAUAGUUGCGGAUCGCAUGGCUAAAGAGAAGACUGAAUUUGUCAAUGUCACAAUUUCCCUCGCAAAGGCUGGAUGAUUAAUGACAAACUCCUUUACUAUGUUUUUAAUUAAUUGAAAGUGAGCAUCAUGAAGGAUGCUGUCUACGCAAUUUAAUGUUAUAAUAAAUGUAGUGUGUCUGGUACCAUGUGUCUUAGUGUGCAACUACAUUUACACGAGUUGUUGCGUCGUUGGUCCCCAUUUGUGUGUUGUGUUUAAGGUUGGUAAUUAAUUAAAAGUCAGUUAAUCUUCAC